UUACCCUAGCGGCACCCGUAGAAAAAGGCAGAGGUUUUUUUUUGGCGCUCGCGCAGCAGCAACAUUCUGCACCACACGCGGGUGAGAAGAGAACGAAGUUGCUUGCUCGCUUUCCGUCGUUCAUUCUACAUCAGCUUUUUAUUGAUUUGCAAGAUGAAAACCUCCUCCCCUCUUGUUUCGCAGCCUAACAUGGGUAAAAAGCAGAAUGGCAAAGGGAAGAAGGAGGUAUUGGAGGCAGAGCCGCCAGAGGAGUAUGUUGUGGAGAAGGUGAUGGACCAGCGCAUUGUCAACGGGAAGGUGGAAUUCUUCCUCAAGUGGAAGGGAUUUACAGAAGCGGAUAACACUUGGGAGCCAGAGGAUAACCUGGAUUGUCCAGAGCUGAUCUCAGCUUUCUUGGAAGCACAGAAGACCGUGGUGGAGAAUCCUGACUCCAACAAGAGGAAGUCUUCAACAGAUGAGCCAGAGACGGAGGGAAACAAAGCCAAGAAGAAGAAGGAUGUGAGUGACAAGCCGCGGGGCUUUGCCAGGAGCCUGGAUCCAGAGAGGAUAAUCGGUGCUACAGACAGCAGUGGAGAACUUAUGUUCUUGAUGAAAUGGAAAGACUCCGAUGAGGCGGACCUGGUCCCGGCCCGCGAGGCCAACACCCGCUGCCCUCAGGUGGUCAUCUCCUUCUACGAGGAGAGGCUGACCUGGCACUCCUGUCCCGAGGACGAGGCCCAAUAGCACCCCUUCCUCAACCAACCGACGUCCCUUGUGGCCCCCCCAGACCUUCGGCCCCGUCCCUGUUCCUGCCUCUCAGGACUGUUCAUGUCUCCACUUUUUUGUUGUCAUUUACAGCAUGUUUAGCCAUAGUAUCAGUGCAGAGCAGUCAGGUGAAAGUCUGUGCUUUUGUACACGUUUUUAGUGAUAGGAUGAUAUUUACUGGGAAUAAGACCGGGGAGGAGAAAUGGAUGGGUGAUUUGUCGCUUUUUAAUGAACCUAUUCCUCAUCCAGUACUGGUAGGGACUGGUUCCUCAACUGAUAUGUAGUUACUGUUGGAAAUGUACAUCUUGUAUAAUCCAUGUAGUUUGACAUCUUCUCCCUCACAUUCAGCUAGUUUCUUUUUUUCAUCUCCCCAUGUUGCGUACUUGAAUCCCUUGAACAGUAUGUCUUUUGCUGUAUAUUCACUUUGUAAAUAUUUUUUCAAAAAGCUGUUCAAUAAAGGUUUAUAUGCUUCAUUUUACCACCCCCUCUGCCUGUGCUGAGGUUUGUUACAUAGCGCUGACAACACUGGUUGUAACUUAUGCACCCUGACUUCAACCAAUUGUAAUCAUAGACUGCCAGAUUCAUUUUGACCUACUGACUCAACAUGUGCACGGUGAAAUUAGACCCAGUAGUUGACGGCAGUCAGUCAUUGAUACUAGGGAAGCUGAUUUUGAAAAUUGUGAUCACGUGAUUACUGUUGGUGUUCCCAUUGGAAAGUUUGAAAAGCAAUAUUACAGGAGACAUGAAAGUAUGGCUUAGAGGUGAUUUGUGGAUAGACUGUUGGCUUACUCUGACAUGACCCAUACACACUGGACUCUACAGUGGAAUGUUAAGCUGUUAUAUUCAAAAUACAUGCAGCUUGCUCCAUUUGGGAUAACCAACAUUUUAAAUCCCAUUUCUUAGCUUGGCCAAAGUUCUCAUACUGGUGCUGCUUUUUUUAUUUAAGCAUCUGAACUGACACCCAACUUUGUUUCCAGAUAGAACUGUCUCAAAGCCAGAGUUAAAUGAGGCAGAUUCCUCACUGCUCAUCAGUUACACUGGUGAUGGUGUUAGUUGACUUUAGAAUCAUGCUUUGAACCUCAUUCCUUGACCUAUGAAUAUUAAAAUAAAAAUGUAAACAU